AUGUCAAGUGAUAGCUCUGGUUCAUCGUCGUCGUCGACGUCGGCGUUCGUCUCAAGUUUAAUCUUUAACUUGGUUAUUCUCACCAUUAUGUUGCUCAUCUUUGUUUGCUUGCGUCCUCGCGAAAAACGAGUUUAUCAACCUCGUUGCGAAGUGAAAACUCAACCAGUAGAACAAAUCCCAGAACCCGCGGGUAGCGGUCCUUUUUCCUGGCUUCUGGCUUGCUUGAAAUUGUCAGAGACUUCCUUAAUUCGCUAUGCCGGCGUUGAUGCUUACUUCUUUUUACGCUAUCUUUUUACCUUUACUUUCCUUUGCUUCUUGGGCUGUAUCAUGCUUUUGCCCAUUUUGCUUCCCAUCAAUGCCACCAAUGGAAAUGGCAAAAGCGGUUUCGACAUCAUAUCUUUCUCCAACGUCAAAAACCAUAAUCGGUUUUACGCCCAUGUCUUCCUUAGUUGGAUUUUCUUUGGUGCUGUCAUCUUUGUUAUUUACCGUGAACUUCGCUUUUACGUGGUUUUCCGUCACGCCAUCCAAGCUUCUCCUCUCUACGACCAAAGCAAGUCUUCUCAAUGCAUGGUUAUCAGCGAGCUUCCCAAGUUUGCUGUCGAAAACAUAGACACCGUUCGCGAGCAUUUCCCCAAUGCCUCUCGAAUUGAGUAUGUGCACAACAUCAAGAAGCUUCAAAAGCGAGUCGAAAAGCGUAGUGGUCUCGGUGACAAGUACGAAGGCACUCUCAAUGGACUCAUCAACAAGUCAGUCGCAAAGAGGAACAAGUUGAUCAAGAAGCAAAAGGAAUUGCCCACUGAACUUGAACUCACCUCCUACGUGAAGAAGCGCCCCACUCACCGCCUCACUUUUCUUAUCGGAAAGAAGGUGGAUACCAUUGAUUACUGCCGUGAUGAAAUUGCAAAAUUGAAUAAGGAAAUCGACGAACUUCAAACGCGUGCGGAAGAUCAAAAGAAGGUCGGUUCAGUCAUUCUUGAAUUCCCCACUCAAAGUGAACUUCAAAUGGCUUACCAAGCCUUCCUAUACUCUCCCAAAUUUCGUCGCUGGCGUUUGGGCCGUGUUCUUUUGAAUGUCAACCCCGAUGAGAUUAUUUGGAACAACUUGACUUUGUCUACACCAGAACGCUAUGCCCGUAGGUUUGCUGCUAACUCUGUUUUGACCGUCAUGAUUAUUUUCUGGGCCAUUCCUGUCGCCGUUGUCGGUUGUAUUUCCAACAUCAACUUUUUAACCUCCAAAGUACACUUUUUGCGUUUUAUCGACAACAUGCCUCCGAAGUUGAUGGGUAUUAUCACUGGUAUUUUGCCAACAGUUGCCUAUGCUGUUUUGAUGUCCCUUGUGCCUCCAUUCAUUAAAUUUAUGGGCAAAAUGGGAGGUGGUCUUACCAUUCAUGAAAUCGAAAGAUACUGCCAGACUUGGUUUUAUGGUUUUCAAACGGUUCAAGGUUUCUUGGUUCUAACACUGACUUCGGCAGCAAGUUCUGCUGUUAUUUCUGUGGUUGAGAAACCGCAGAGUGCCAUGAACCUUUUGGCUUCGAAUUUGCCAAGAGCAUCCAACUAUUAUAUUUCUCAAUUCUUGUUGCAAGGAUUGUCAUUCCCCGGAGGUGCGCUUGCUCAAAUUGUAGCUUUGGCAUUAUCGAAGAUUAUUGGACGCAUUUUUGACAGUACACCUCGACAGAAGUGGAGUCGCUGGAUCGGUUUAUCACAACCUAGCUGGGGUGUAUUGUAUCCCACGUAUUCAUUAUUGGUGGUGAUUAUGUUGUGUUAUGCCAUCAUUGCUCCUAUCAUUAUGGGAUUUGCAUUGGUUGGAUUGACGUUGAUUUACGUGGCUUAUUUGUACAACUUUGUUUAUGUGUUUGGACACAAUGCCGACGCCAAAGGAAGAAACUAUCCGAUGGCUUUGUAUCAAACGUUUGUUGGACUUUAUCUCGCCGAAAUUUGUUUGGUUGGAUUGUAUGUUUUGAGUAAAAACUGGGGCUGUACGGUCCUGCAAGCAUUGUUCUUGGGAGGUACGGUGGCGUGCCAUGUGUACUUUAAGUAUAAGUUUUUGCCAUUGAUGGAUAUUGUGCCGUUGAGUGCGAUUGAAAGUGCCAAUGAGCGUCCAGAAAUAAGAUACCCCAAGGAUUUGGGUAUAUCAGAAGCAAAAGCUACUGGUAGAAUGUAUCCAUCGAAUGUGGAAGACGGGGAACCCACGGAUCCUUUGGACGAAAGAAGUGGAAAUGAAAAUGGCAGUGAGGCAUGGCAGGUUUCGUCGAAUAUGGGUGAUUUGGAAAAGAAGGAUGAAAAGGCAAUUGAAUCGAUGAGUGAAGGCACGUACCCCACACAAACCAAGGAGUCGACGAUGAAGACGCCUGAAGGGAAUAAUGAGAGUGGAUCGAUGCAAGAACGAUCGAACUUUGCGGUAAGCUACCUCUCAUCAGCCUUCCGAAAGGAUACGAUUAUGCCUACGUUUGAUCGGAUUUUACAAAUCCUGCCUACAUUUUAUGGCAUUGGACCUGGUAAUCAAGGAUCCGUGAAGUAUGAAGACCCAGCAUUGAAGUCGACACCACCUUCGAUUUGGAUUGGAGAAGAUCCUAUAGGAUUGUCCAAGCUUGCGAUUGAAGAUGCCGAAGGCAAGGUGGACGUGUUUGAUUACCAUACAGAGUUUGAUGAGGAGGGCAAAGUGCACUACACGGGGCCACCACCCAAGUAUGAAGAUGCUAUUUCAGGAUAA